CAUCAACUGUCAAAUCUCUCUCAUACGCACAUCACCAGUUCUGUAUCCAUUCAUAAUAACUGGAACUGUGUUGGCUCCUCCCUCGGACGCUAGAGCCACCUCCUCAGAGGCGCCUCUACUUGGCACACGACACCUUUCAUCAUCGAUAAAGAGAUCCGCUCCUCUCAUCAGCUGGCGUCUGCAGAUUCUUAGACCCUAGCUUGUUUACUGUACUGCACUGUCUUCACCACUCGCGUUCUGGGUCCUCACUACUACUGUACCUCGUCAACCUCACCAUCACCUCCCAGCCAGUCGUUUAUCGUUUCUUCACAAAUAGCAAACCCAAAAAAGCUGCUUUGUUGGGUCCGCAUACCGUAUUUCUGGACUAUUUUCAGCCGCUAUACGUCCUCUGCAUAUUCGUCUCCAGUCUUGGCCUCGCUUGAUAUCACUCUGAUCGACUUACAAAACUCACCGUUCUUCCAUCCUCCAAGUCUUUUUGUUCAUUUGUACACACAAUGGCAUCUAGCGACAUCAAGCACGAUUACAGCAUGGAGGCUGGACUGUUGAACACUGACCGAGAAGAGAGAAUCAUGUCAUCCAAGGAAGCACUACUCCAGGAUUCGGAAUCUGCCCAGAUCACCCCAAGGACAACUACCAAAAGGAUAUCCCCAGCAGGCAAGGCUUUGAUUGCUCUGGCUGCUUGCUGCCUCUUGGGAGCUGGUGUGGCAUCUAUUGGUGGUGCUACUCGUUUCUGCCCUGGACAUCUCCGCCAUGGAGACCUCGUUGGAAAGCAUGGCAUGAGCGGUCACCGUGCAAACCUCUCCGAGUCUAUGGCACAGAUGGUUCGACGACAGAAUACACCAGCCCCUACCGACACAGAGGAUUCUACCACCGAGCCUACUAAUGCCGUUGAUGAAGCCUCUAAUGAAGCUUCGGCACCCACGGCCCCAACGGCACCUACUGCUCCCACGGCACCUACUGCUCCAACAGCGCCCACAGCGCCCACUGCUCCUACGGCCCCUUCAGACACCGCAGUGCCGCCCUCGGACACUGCUCAGGCGCCCACGGACCAGGCUUCCGCCACCCAGGCUGAGCCAAGCGAUGAGCCAAGCGAUGCUCCCACAAAUGCAGCAUCAGAGACUCAGAGCCAAGCCUCGGUCACCCAGAAGCCAUCUGACACGAGCCGCCCCUCUGCCACUGCUGCCCAAUCUACCGAGGAGGACUCUGCCACUGAGGACACUCCCUCUGCCACCCCGUCGGACGAGGAGCCCACGAAGCCUGCAUCUAACACGGCUUCUACUCAGGGAACUACUCUUCGUACCACGGAGACUCGACCAGCGUCAACUCAGUCCGAUCCCGAAUCAACCGCCGAUGAUUCCGCCACUGCCACUGGUACGUCCGACUCGGAAGAGGAACCUUCCGAGACAGCUCUCUCUUCUCGUGCUUCAACGUCCAAUCCUCCUGCUCCUAGUGCUACAACCUCCACUGCUGCCAGUACGUCUACUCGAACAAACUCUUUGCCUGAUACAUCCUCUUUUUCUGAAUUGCCGUCUGAAACGGUAUCUUCGGAUGAUCAGGAAACCGCAACUCAGACCGAUGAGGCUACGCAAACCGAUGAGGACAAAACCACAACUGAAACAACAGAGUCCGAGCGACGCACUAUCACCGGCACAGGUACCAAGCCAACCUCUAGCGCUAUUCCCAAGACCUUCACCUCGACACUCGAGGAUGGCGGUGUCACCACACUGACCUCGACCUCUUGGGUUGAAGUUGUCCCUGCCGCUGAAGCUACUGGCAGCAGCAACCCUGACCUCCAGAACGCCGCUCCUCGAUCAGUUGGUUCCAUUCUGGGUGCUGUUGUUGGCAUGGUCUUUGGCGGUGUCAUUCUCCUGUGAGCGGACGACAGUCUUGCCAUUUCUCCGCAUUAUGUGAUGAUCACCACACAGAUAUUGUGGUAGAUAAACAUAGCUGUCCAGUCAUGGUCAGCAGCUCAUAUUAUAUGGGUUCAUUAUGAAUUACGGUCCUUUCCUCACGGGUACAAAAUUGGGUUAAUAGACUGGGACAGCAUCAGACGUUGGGUACAUGGGGAAGCGUGUUGUCAUUAGACGAGAGCUUCCGCUUAUGGUUGCAUCUCGAAGGAGAUCUAGAACAUUAAUUGGCGCUUAGCAUAUUAGCCGACAGCGAUCGUAUCUAAAAUGCAUAGUACAUGAGCGAAUACAAGACAUUUGCAUUUCCCCCUA